GACAACCGCCAACGAAAAUUGGUGGUGCACAUCGUCGUCGGCCUUUUCCCGUCCUCCCCCCUGCGCCUCCGACUGCCGACUUUCGCCUGGCCGAGCGAUCCACAUAUCAUAUCCAACAAAGAAGUUGCUUGACGGCGCUUUCCUUUGGCGCAACAACUCACUGAUACCCAUCUCCUCCAUCCUCUUCACCUUGCCAGGUGCACUCCCCCCGCGACGACAACCAUGGCUUCCGCACCGACCGCCAAUGGCGGCACCUCGCUGUCCCAGUACGACCUAGUGCUCAAGCUCGCUCAGCACCUCGACCGCCACAUGAUUUUCCCGCUGCUCGAGUUCAGUGCCAGCCAACUAGUCGACGAGGAGCGCGGAGAGGUCAAGGACGACGCCAAGGCGCGCGAGAUCACACAGGCCAAGUACGCGCUGCUCAAGAAGACCAACAUGACAGACUACGUGGCCGACCUCCACUGCGAGCUGGAGGGCCUUAAGGAGCCGCCCGCCGAGUUCGCCAACAAGAAGCAGAGGGUCUUCAGCCAGCUGCAGAAGUACGAGCAGGAGACGAGCAAGAUCAUCGAGCUUCUGGAGCGGGACGACGUGGUCAACAACCUGCGCAGCGACAAGGUCGCCAACUUGGAAUUCUUGAAACGGGAACACGAGGUCACGAUCGAGAUGGUCAACGCGCUCUUCGACCUCGGCAACCUCCAAUACAGCUGCGGAAACUACGCCGACGCCUCCGAGAUGCUCUACCGCUUCCGCGUGCUGUCCACCGACAACGACAAGGUGACGUACGCCACGUGGGGUCGGCUGGCCUGCGAGAUCCUCACCAUGAACUGGGAGUCGGCCAUGGAGGAGCUGCAGAAGGUGCGCGAGACGAUCGACUCGAAGCUGUCGCAGAACCCGCUGGCGCAGCUGCAACACCGGACCGCGCUGAUCCACUGGGCCCUCUUCCCGCUCUUCAACUUCGAGAAGGCGCGCGAGCCCAUCCUCGACCUCUUCUUCAGCGCCGGCUACGUCAACACGAUCCAGGCCAACUGCGCCUGGAUCCUGCGGUACCUGACCGUGGCCGUCAUCACCAACCGCGGCCGCGCCAAGAACCCCGGCGUGCACCAGAAGCAGAUGAAGGACGUGGUGCGCAUCGUCAAGCAGGAGGCGUACGAGUACCAGGACCCCGUCACCCGGUUCGUGCACGCGCUGUGCAUCGACUUCGACUUUGAGGAGGCGCAGCGCCAGCUCGUGCUGGCCGAGGAGGUGCUGCGCAGCGACUUCUUCCUGCUCGCGCACGCCGACAGCUUCGUCGACUCGGCGCGGCACCUCAUCUUCGAGAGCUACUGCAAGAUCCACGCCCGCAUCUCGCUCAAGGACCUCAGCGCCCGCCUGGGCCUGAGCGCCGACGCCGCCGAGAAGUGGAUCGUCAACCUGAUCCGCGACACCCGGCUUGACGCAAAGAUCGACUAUAAGGAGGGGACGGUGGUCAUGAACCACCCGCCAAGCUCGGUGUACCAGCAGGUGAUCGAGAAGACCAAGGGCGGCUUCUUCCGGACGCAGGUCCUCAGCGCGGCCAUUGCGAGAUAGGAGGGGCUCGGUGCCGCCGGGAGGCUGCGUGCGGUGGCCCUCUAGUUAGAGGCAGCGAAGACGCAGGCCGAGAUGGAACGCGCUGCUAUGGAGGAGCAGGAACGGUUGGUGGCCGACACACGCCGGCUACUCCAGACAGAAGACCAUGUUACUGCUGCAGAUUUGGAGAUGCUACGACGAGCAGAUCACUGGCGUGGCCUGCGCAGUCUCGGAGGCCCUCCGACCUGGACCAGGAAUUGACCGGUAUAUUUCAUCAUGGCUUAACGGUAUCUGAUCGGAUGACCUGGGUUGGGAUCGGAAAACUUGGGUUUAGGGGGGUUUAAAGGGGUUAGCAACAAGCGGUAGAUGACAUCGUGUGAAUGGCGGUGAUCCCCCGUGACUCUGUCGCACCCAGCGAUGGAUGGAUGGGCAGCGAUGUACUUAUACCUUGGUUGACUUUGCAUGGAAAUGAGGUUGAAUUCCCUCAUCGUGAGGUCUUGCUGUCUU